AUGCAGCCACGAUCCCAUUUAAUCGAUUUUGUUCGAUUGAAAUCACCACACACGGGUGAAAACAUUCAGCAAUUGACUGAAUGUAUUCUCGAUCGAUUUAAUAUAAAAGAAAAAUUUUAUCGUAUUGUCACAGACAACGCAUCGUCAAUGAUAAAAGCAUAUCAAUUUGGUUUGUCCGUUGAAGACGAUGCUGAUGAUUCGGACAUUAGUCUUCUUGAUGAUGAUUCAGAUGAACUGUCAAUUAACACAAACACAUUUUUACAAGUUGCUGAUGUGCAACAGUUACAAUCAUCUCUUGAAAAGCGAUUCUGUGGUAUAAUGCAACGAUUAAAUCAAGCUGAUGCUAUCAAUGAUGAAAACUAUGGUGAUCCAUUGUACUUCAUGGCCGCAGUGCUCGAUUCUGCAUUCAAAUUCUUCUGGAUUCGUGAUUUACAAUUGUCCGUUCAAAUGGAAAAUCGAUUAAAACAACAUAUUAUUCAAUUAAUUAUUGAUGAAAUGAAUAAAGAAUCAAUUGUAUCAUCAGGACAUUUUAAUAGAAUCAGUCCUGCAAGAACAUCAACAUGUUCUGCGUCAACACCUAAAGCCAAGCGCCGCAAAUUGUUUGAUUACGAUAAUGUUAAUGAUGCUGAUUUAAAUGAACCGAAUACACUUGAUCCUGUAGUUGAAUUGGAUGCUUAUUUGAACGAUCCUGUACGACUACCAUUUUCGGAUUAUUGGCAUCGUUCGCAAUUAAGUAUUUUGAAACGGUUAAUUGCUCGUAUAUUUUCGGUGCAAGCGUCAUCCGCUCCCAUCGAGUGCGUAUUUUCUCAUGCCGGACUUAUACUGACAGCUAACGGAACAAAUCUGAAUGAACAGAUGCUACGUGAUCUUGUUUUUUUACGUGUUAAUCAAAGUUUAUUAUGA